AUGUUAUCAACUUUUACAAAGAUCUAUUUCAAUAAAGACCAACAAGCUUUGGAGAAAAUUGCGAAUGAGAUCUGUGACAGUGCAAGAAAUAGCACUAACAAGCUCAGAAAGAAAAAAUUCAAAACAUUUGGAUCAUCUUUCUUCCAAACAGUCUGCGAUACACAUAUAUUCUUGGUAAACAUCAUCGGUCCAAUGAAGACACCUUCAUUUUGGAGUGAAGCUUUGUCAUCUGGCUUAUUUUUCUACAAUUUAGUUAGUGAUGAAUUAGAAGAAACAUACAGAACACUUACAAUGAACCUUUUGACUCAAUUCAAUUUUGUUCAUAGAAUAAAUGAUGUUACUCUCAGUCUUGGUGUUAAACCAAGUUUGGUUCCAUUUACUUGCGCAACGAUCUAUUCUGGCUAUCAAGUCUUAGUUCUCAGAUGCGCUCAUGGUUUCCAUACAACAUCUCUUGUAGAUUUUGCUACUUCUACCUUAGCAAUUGCAGGAAUCCACGCUUGUUCAACAUUUGUUGCAAGAUUCAUUUCCAAAAAGCUUCCAUUCCUUCCGUACAUGGUUUACUGCUUCCCAUUAGCCUACGCUUCAACAUAUUUAGUACAAAGAAUUGGAAUUUACGGAAUUCCAAGUGCCUGGAACUAUCUUCAAGAAAGUUUCUUAGACUUUGUCAUUAAAAUGACAAAUAAACAUAAAGAACGUCCAGAAAUUCCACUUGAUUUUGAAAUUCCAACACAAUUACAAUGCGCGAUCUGCAGAGAUCUCUUAUUCGACCCUGUUGAAAGUCUUGGAUUCUUCUUCUGCAGCGGAUGCCUUAAUGAAUGGAUGAAGAAAUCUCAUACUCAUCCAGUCACAGGAGAACAGAUUUCAAACGAAAAUAUCAACAAGUCUAUUGAAAUGUCAGCUGUUGUUAGUGCUUAUUUAAGAAAUAUGGAAAGAACAAUGAAUCAAUAA